AUGGAUACCACCACUAACCGAAGUCCGGACCGUUUCAGAACUAAGGCACUCCAGCCAGUAGAGGAAUGUGCCGUUCCGGGAUUGAGGGCCGUCUUCGUCCUUGUGCUGGCCGUUGAAAAUGUCGUGAGCUCUUACCAGGUGGAGGAUGGUCCCGGUAAGGUAUACGAGAUGAGGUGCCCAAGAGACAAGAGCCGUGAGGGAAGCAAGUCGCCGUGUAGGAAUGGGCUCCGGGGAGGAUCGGCAGUUGUUCCUUCCACGCGGUGCGGACCGUCUCCAUCACUCAUUUCCAACUCUUUCGACAAGGACGACCCCAAUCACACUCGACAUAUGCCACAACCUCUUCGACCCACCAUGCCAGCUACGCGAUCUGUAGCACUGGAUCAUUCGCGCGCUGUUGCUGCCAUGCUCGCUGCAGCACCUCAAGCUCACCGACACCAUGGCGAUUUACACACCAAAGAAGGGCAGGAUUGA